CUCACAGCAGCAUCAUGAGGACCUGGGUAUUAUUAGGAUUGGUAGCGUGCGCCUUCGCCGCUGAAUCAACAAAGUCGACCGAAUUGACAGCGACCAAGGACAAGAGGACGCCAGCAGGCAGUACCUCAAGUGGCUACUCGAGCGGCAGCCCCACCUACCAGGCUCCCAGUAGCAGCUAUGCAGUUCCUAGCAGCAACUAUGGAGCUCCAAGCAGCAGCUACUCUUCCCCAAGCAGUAGCUACUCAACUCCAAGCAGCAGCUACGGCGCUCCCAGCGCAACAUACCUGCCAGCCAGCUACAGCGCACCAUCGUACUCCGCACCCUCAGCCUACUCCUCGGGCGGUCACUCCGGAGCAGCCUCUCCAGUCGUGAUGUACGUGGGCGGCCAUGGCCUGGGACAGGGAGCUGACUACAGCAGCCUUCUCCAGUUCUUGCAGCCUUCAGUCCACAGCCUGUUCCAGCCCCAACUCGACCUCUACUCCGGUCUCUCUUCUCCUUAUGUUGGUGGCCUUCACUACCCAAGAUUGAGCUCUGUCGGUUUGGGAUCUGGACACGGUAUUGACUUCAGUGCCCUCACACCUAUUUCCCACUUCCCAGCCAUCUCAUACACUCCUUCCUACACAUCUGGUGCUACUGCUUACUCCGCACCAUCUUCUGGAGCUUCUUCUUCCUACGUAGCUCCUUCAUCUACCUAUUCAUCCCCUUCAGCGACAUACUCUGCUCCCUCAUCAACUUAUUCUUCUCCAUCCUCCACAUAUUCUUCCCCAUCUUCAUCAUCGGGCACAUACUCUGCUCCAUCCCCAUCCUACGGAACACCAUCUGCUUCGUACGGAACACCUUCUGCAUCCUAUGGAUCUCCUUCUGCUUCUUACGGAACACCAUCUGCAUCCUAUGGAGCUCCAUCUUCAACCUACUCCCAGCCGUCUCAAUCUUAUUCUCAGCCAGCUUCCCAACCAUCUUCAACCUACGGAUCCCCAUCUGGAUCUUACCUGCCACCGUCAAAUGGAUAUAACAGCUAUUCCAAACAUUGAUUCGUGAUUGCCAGCGUUUUUUAUAUUUAUUGAAUCGUUUCUCCUGCCAUUCGUCCUCGAUGCACUUGUAUUAUAAUGUCAACGUUUGUAC